AUGAGCGAUCCACAGAAAUUAAAAGAAGAAGCAGACAAAUUAGCAUCUUCCUCUGGCGGAUUUCUUUCGAAGAUCUUUGGGGGCGGAAACAAAUUGGAAGAAGCAUGCGAACUUUAUACUCAAGCCGGUUCUCGUUUCAAAAUCGCGCAAAGCUGGAGUGACGCUGGGGAAAUGUACGAGAAAGCAGCAACAAUCCAGCUCGAAAAGCUGCAAAACCGCCACGAAGCCGCGCAAAAUCUCGUCGAAGCUGGCAACUGUUGGCGAAAAGCAGAGCCCAAGCGCGCUUCUCAUUGCCUCUCCCGUGCCAUCGAAGUGUACAUUGAUCUUGGGCGGGUUAAUUUGGUGGCGAAGCAGCAUGUAACGCUCGGGGAAAUUUGGGAAGCAGAAGCAGAAAUGGCGGAAACGGCGAUUGAACAUUACACGAAAGCGGCGCAGAUUUUCAGAGGAGAGGAGCAACAAAGUCAGGCGAAUAAAUGCGACCUAAAAGCUGCUUCCAUGUACGCAUCGAACAAACAGUACGAAGAAGCCACGCAUAUCUUCGAAAAGGUCGCUAUGAGUGCAUGUGAAACGCCCCUGCUAAAAUACUCCGCAAAAGAAUAUUUCUUCAAAGCCGCCCUUUGCCGAUUUUGCCUAAACACCGACGACGCUAGAAAUGCCAUCGAAAGAUACGAGGGUGUUUUCCCAACUUUCAUCGAUACAAGAGAAGCAGCGCUCUUGAAGGAACUUCUUGAAGCAGCGGAAAAGAACAACAUUGAUGAUUAUACCGACGCUGUCAAAAAGUACGAUUCUGUAUCGAGAAUUGACACUUGGCUCACCGCGAUUCUCCUGGCUAUCAAAAAGCGUCUCCAGUCCACGGACGAAGCUGAUAUUCUCUGA